AUGACAGAAGUGGAGGCCACAACAGUAGCGGCUGGUGCAUCGCCGGGGCCUCGGGUUUCCUUCAAUAGGGACGUGCAUGUCAAACGGAUCGGACCCCGAACGGAGGCGCGCAGUUCGCCGGCGAACGGGACGGUCCGGAAGGAGCUACCGGAAAACCUUUCCCAGGAGGCGCUACGGCGUGAGGCCGAGUUUGUGCUUGCCCAGGCGGACAAGAUCGAUCGUGCCCGGACGGGAGGAGGUGGAAGUAGUAGCACGCCAGUACAACAGCAGCCAAUCGAUCUCGGUUCGGCCAAGUUCAAUUCCCUACCGUCGAGGAAGUCCCGCUCCAAAAAGGUAGCUCGAUCGUCGAGUGACGCAGCGACGAAGAAACCUUCCAAAAGUCUGCUGAACCUCUUCGGCCGGAAGCCACAACAGGUGGAUGAGAAUGCAGGCAUAAAGGGGUCACCAGUGGCAGGUGAUAAGGUACCCACGGGAGCACGGAGUACCCUUGGACGGAGUAAAAGUGAUGUCGGUAGCGCGACCAAAGGUACCAACGGCAGUGGACCUCUUGUGAAGCAACGACGAGUGCCUAGGCGUGCCACACAGGAGCUGGGAGAGCUUCGAUCCGGCUCGGCGAAGAAGUAUGACCCACUGACGCCGAUCAUCGAGGCAGCAACACCGUUGGAGUACCCACCGCAGGUCGACCCGUUGACGGCGUUCGUACGUCGCGGGAGGGCAGUUUCGGAGGAACCGCGAUCAUCGACAAAGCCUCCGGCGGCCAAACCAAGCGUUAUGGAAACGAUCACCCUGCUGCGAACGAACAACACAGCCUCAAAGUCCCAGGAAGCGCUGCACAGCUCGCAGCUCCCGCCCGAGAAGCCACACCUCACGAAGGGCGUCACGGUGGAGAACAUUGUGAAGCGGUUGUCCAGCGAACGGCAUACGUCCCCACCGCCGGCACAGAUUGUUAGUGGCGGAUUUUCGUACACCCGUGGGCCCGGAGAUCCGAUCGUGUACGCGCAGGUUGUAUCGAACGAGGGAAGUACCUCGAAGCACACCGUGAGGAACCAUCACUAUCCAUCGACCGAGGAGGAAGAGAUCGGAGGAACCAGCAUGUGGAACACGAGCACGGAGAGUAAGGUGCGGACGUCCACCGGUUUUAUGGAUACCACUCAGAGACCUAGUCCACCGUUGCCUAAGUACCGUCUGGAUGAAGCCGACCAUCCGUCGCACUCGACAAAGGUGUUUCGAGGACACCUCACCAACAGCGAUGAAGAUGAAGGACUUGGGAUUGAUUACACGCGGCACCAGCGUUACAAGUCGUCCGCGUACGUCCAAUCGUCCUCCAGUCAUUCGAAGACCCAGAACUCGUCGUCCAGAAUCGAACGCACUUCUCCAAAGUCGUUUCUUACCAAUUCCGACGACGAUCCCGUCAUUGCACCGAACAUUCGUUCGACUCCGGUCGAAAAGGGCUUCACCGGGAGCUACAGCGUUCAUUACCGUGGCCAGGCCGAUGGCAAGGAGCACCUGCCGGAGUUCCACGAGUUGAGCCAAAGGCGCGAGAUCCUGGAGUCUCGCAUCCGAUCGCGUAUAGGUUCGCGGGAUCUACUCGAUCGCAUGUCUCCGGAGCGCAGUGUACCAGUGCCAAUCCAGCUCACAUCCGGUGGGCACACAAAGACCAGUAGUCGUACCAGUCAGUAUCGUACGACUACGAACGAGCGACGUUCGGUUGAUCGCGUGUUGGAUCAUCACUCCCGCGAGUCUCCGGUGCGUCCGAGUACCCUUUCACCGACACCAACUUUCCGCGAACCAUCGCAGGAGCCCUCGCUAGGACGUAGGAACUCACGUGGCUACGUCGAAACGUUCGUCACCAAGACGGUGGUCAACCGGGAUGGUAAACCGGUGUCCGAGGAGUAUGUCGAGCGGUACAAGUACCCGGGCGAAAACGUGGAAGCAGUUACGAGCUCCCGGACGGUGUACGAUCGGGAGGGUUCAACCGGGCGGACAGAAGUCCAACGAUUCAAUCGAUACGUCCCACAGGAACAGGGAACGCUGAAGAGCUCAUUCACACGCUACACCACCGAUAAGGGUGACUCGGGGAUAGAAAAUGAUUUUCGCAAGGACUCGUUUAAUCAGGACUUUAUAUCAGGCAACAAGUUUACGUUGACCAAGAAUAUCCGUGCCUGUGAAGACUUCUUGCGGAUGGAACGGACACAUACGAAUAGCUGCAUGCGCAAGCCAAGAAAGGCACACGCCUAUCGUGAACGAAGCAUAGAUGAUGGAUCCCGGUACGAUCCACGGUUGGAUGACGUUUCAAUUAGCCGCAGCUACACUCGCGACACGUUGAAGCCAUCACUGAAGGCAGAAAAAAAAUCUGGAGGUCUUGCGAAGGUGAAACAGUUUGUCAGUUCAACCAGAAAGAAGCUGGUCCGCAUGGGAACGGAUUCGCAGGAAAAACGGGAGCACUCGCGUGUCGGAAGUCUCCGCUCGGACAGUGUUGAUGCGGGACGCGUCCCGGACAUUGCUACCAGGCGACGCCUAUCGACCCCGAAAUCGAGUCCAUCGUCAGCUAAGCGAUCCCUUUCGUUCAAGAGCUCGAAGCUGUCGGCUGAUAACGGUACUACCCGGGCAUCACCACAGGAAGGCCAGAAGGUGGCCUCAUCCUCCUCCCGUGCCGAGUGGUUCAAGUCGUUUGAUCGUCUGUCGCGCAAGAAAUCCAGCUCGAAGCCUAACCUGACCACGGACACGAAAACGUUGCCGCCACCGAAGCAGGCGAAGAGUUUGCGAUUCUUUGGCGACACCGAUACGGAGUAUGGUGAUCAGAAUGCGGCGUCAUACAGAUCGGCACGGAGUAAUCUCUCGAAAACGGAAAAGAAAUAUCGCAGUGCAUACGAUCUGGACGCUACCCCGAAGAUGCGCGAAACUGCUCGAAACCGUUCGUCGUCUUUGCACAAUCUCGACGAGGAGGAUGAGUUGAGUCUACGAGGCAAAGACUAUCGUUCGGUAGAGCAAAGCAGCACCAGCUACCGAGUGGGAUCACCAUCGGGUUACCGGUCCGCCGCACGGGACUACACUCCGGAACGUGUGGCCAGAAAGUCGUACCAGCAACGCUCGCGGGAAGCCAGCAUCGAUCUGAUAGACGGUGAACGGUCGCAGACACCGAUGCAACGUCCAGGAAGCCGUAUCCGCACGAGCGAGCACAAGAAGCCACCGACGGGACCGCCGAAGCCAGCGCGAGCCUUCGAAAGGCGGGACAGUUUGAACAGGGACAUUGAUCGUAUUCUGGACAGCUCUGGAACGGAAGGUGAAUCUAGUCAACAAAGUCAACGCAGUGUUGUUUUUCUGCAUGCCACUACAGUUGGUGACAUUCCGCACCCGCAAAUAGCGAACGCCAGACGCCGGGCAUACUCCCGGGAGUCACUGAACAACUCGGUCGCCUCCUCGAAGAAACCGCAGCCGAUGACGCGUACCGUUUCCCGGUCGAUAUCGGUGCUGGCACCCUGGAAGCCGAAAAACAUACGCGAGGGCUACGAAAUCGAUUACCAUAAGGAUCAGCAUCAGGCGAAACCGAUCUCAACCUUGCCACGCUCCGGUGCGGCAAGCCGUCAAUCGACCGGAGGAAGCCAAUCGACACUGAGCCGACCCAAGCAUCGUUCGUCCGCCGGUCGGGACGAUCCGGAUUCGGAUAAAAGUUCAUCGUUCGAGCAGUCGCGCCGUUCGAGCGCGGACCAGCAGCGACGCUCGAGCAUGGCACGGGAGUCGGGCGGAUCUGCCACGCCGUACGCGUCCACUACCCUGCCCAGCUCACGGCGGAUGAAGGACUCGAUCGCUCACUAUCCGUCGCGCACUGGCGGAAGUGGCUCGACGUUAAAGUAUCGCCGUUAGAGGGCGAACAUGACGAACGUUUCUAACCAACUUAGACUGUGUAGUAACGCCUUUUUGACCACUAACGGAAUGGACGGAGGGUGCUGAUUAGGGAUCGACGGACCUCCACGUCGGUUUUCCACUAGGUAAUAAAUUCGAUCAAUUAAAUUGACAUUAGAUUAAUCUACUCCACGCGCACAGAGUGGAUCACGUUCGUGCGCAAUUUCACCGUUGCCAAUAGUUGGAACAACACGUGGACCAACUGACCUUUGCACGUGCAUUGAUUGGAUUUCAUUUUUGCCCCGAUUUUUAACAAAACUGAAACAAGUCUAACUACCGGUGUUUUUCGCGCACUCCCGACUGACACGGCAUGGAAAUCGUACCGAAAUUUGUAAUCUUUUUAAUGUUAUAAUUUUGUCGA